CGAUGGCAAUUGGUGGACGCUCCCUUACACGUGACGGCAAACGGCUACCCACAACGCCCCGCAGUAAAACAAAACCACGUGACAGGACCCUGACCUUCCAGUAUGGCGUCUCCCACUGUGGCUGCUCCCAGAGCCGGAGCAGUUGGCGAUCAACCGCCGCUGGAUUCGGUGGACGAUGCCGAGGGAUUGUAUGUGGCCGUGGAGCGCUGUCCGCUCUGCAACACAGCCAGGAGGCGUCUCACGUGCGCGAAGUGUAUCCUAGCCGGCGAUUUCGUCUACUUCGACAACAGAAACUCGGAAAGAUAUGCUGACAAAAUGGACCGGUUAAAGCGCUGCAGGACUGAGAAGGAGAAGUACCAGCAACGAGUUAUAAAAGCUGUUGAAGGGAAGUGGAAAACUGAUCAGUUGAAAUGGAAGAUUAUGUCUUGUCAGAUAAGGAUUGGACUGUUGAAAGAUGCAGUUUGUUCAGGAAAUGAAGAAGUACAAAAAGAUACAGAACUGGUAUGUAAAAAUCAGGAAGACAACCAAAAAUUGCAACGACGGGCCCAGCGACAUCAUGAGAAAAAGGACAAGAUUCAGAGGCAUAUACGAAAACUGAGUGAUUUAGUUGAGAAGAAAAACAUAGAAUUUUGGAAAUAUCAGGAACACCUUGCUCGCAACCGUUGGACUCACAUCCUAGAGUUAACACGUGUGAUUUUCCCAUUACAAGAAGUGAAAACAGGAAUGAGAGAUCCAGCAGAUACACCAUUUGAAGCUGACAGUGGCAUGACUUCUAGUACCGUAAGUGAACUGGCAGAGGCAAGGAGAACCACUUAUCUCUCUGGAAGAUGGAUCUGUGAUGAUAACAAUGGAGAAACUAACAUUGGGAUUGUAGGCCGUUGGAUAUACCUGCCCAGCAAUGGGGAUUAUUCUGCGUACUAUAACUGGGUGGAAGAGAAGAAAUCUGCACAAGGGCCAGAUAUGGAACAGAGUAACUCUGCAUUUACCAUCAGUGCAGCAUUGUGCUUUGCCACUCAACUAGCAAACAUACUUUCUCACAUUCUUCAUGUAAAUCUUCCCAAAAGACUUUGCAACAGUGAAUUUUGUGAAGAGAAUAUGAGCAGAAAGAAGUUCAUUCGAGCAGUGAAUAAGCUAAAUACAAAUGUCCUGUACCUCUGCUUUUCCCAGCAUGUUAACCCAGAGCUGUUACAUCCAUUGCACACACUGCGGAACAUUAUGCACUUGGUCAGUCCAGAAAAUAAAAGCCUGGGAAGAUCUGGUCCUUUUGAAAUCAGUGCUGAUCUUGAAGAUUCAAUGGAAUUAGUGGAUACAAAUAUUGCUGCUCAGACUGAUGAAAGUGGUGAUGAAUAUAUAAGUGAUGAAGAAACUGAUCUGGGAACAGAUUGGGAGACUGUACCUAGUCCUAAAUUUUACGAUAUUCCCUCUCAACCAGUUGAAGUAUUGCAAAGUCAAGCCAUGCAAGCAUCUCAACCUGUCAGCAACAGUAACAGUACUGGUGGUAUGAUAUCGUCUGCAGCAGCUUCUGUUACAUCAUGGUGGAAGCAGUACUAUGGACAACGCUGAUUACUUGCUGCACUGGAGUAAUAGAUUUAUGAAAGAAAGAACACAUAAAAUGUAGUGCCUAUAAAAUACAUAAAACUAGAAAAACUUUAUAUGGCUCAGAAGCAUAAUUGGCUGAUUAGAACUGGUUAAAUUUUGUUUAGGAAUAAUGGAACUACUUUGAACAAAUUUGUGUACAAGUUAUAAAUGUGCAAAGGAAAUGGUAGGGGCACAUUUUUAUUUCAGAGUACUAGGUAAUGAUCUUAUCAAAAUGUGAUUUAAAUGCCAACUUUAUUAAUGAAAGACUUUUCAGUGGUUUGCACCAGUGAAUGUCAGCUGUUGGAAUAUUUGCAGAAUCCUUAGGUGACACUUGAAAACUAAGGAUGGCGCAAUUUUAAACCUGUUUGCAAUUUACUAAGCUCAAGGAAUACACUGUUGAAGAAUUUGAAAGGUAUUCAUCCUUAUUAAAUGGUACCAGUUCAAAUUCUACCAUUCUCAGGCUGACUAUUCCAAAUGACAGCAGUUCUUUUUCCCCCUCUCGUUUUGCCUUGUUAUUUUGCAAAUUACCUUGUUGGUAACGCUUCUGUCACCCAAACAGUUUAUUGCAAUUUUUUUUGAAACUCCUCAAGAUUCUAAGCACUGAUGGAGCUUUUCUAAGAAAAGCACUAGUUUCCACAGAAAUCCUGCAUUACUGAAGUCUCUUUUCCUUGAUGAUAAUCAUUUCAGCAUGCUUUCACAUCCUGCCACAUUCGCAAACUGUGAUUUCAAUCUUGGGCCUGAACAGCAUUUGAUAAGAGUUUGAAGUAAUUUUUGUUUUUACUCUUCGUAACUAUGGAUUUACUCGAGUAUUUAAAUUACCUUCUCAAUUUAUCCUAGCAGUUUCAAAAUUUGUCUAUAAAUACCUUUCUUAUUGUUGCACCCACAUUAAAACUGUAUAGUUCUGUU